CCCGAGCAGAGCCGCAAAUUUUCAGGGUUUGCCCGCUCCCUCGCCUGAGGCGUGCUCAUUUGUGCUCCAGAUGUUUAUGCGAGGUACGCUAUCUUAACUACGGACUCGCUACUCCUUCAACCUAUUCCACAACAUGGCGGCUUCAAAGGUCGGCAUCGAACUCGUGUUUGGUGGUGGGUCAGUUGGUUCAGGAACGGUUUAUGAAGACAACGCUGUCUUGAAGAAAGCAUUGGAAGUCUUGAAGAAGGAAGGCGUCGGAAACCUGGAAGCAGUUAAUGAGGUUUACAAAGCGGGCAAGUUUUAUCGCUUCGGCUUGUCGAACUACAAACCUGAGGAUGUGCAGAAGGUCUUCGACGUUUGCAAGGCAAAUGGUUUUCCUCUGCCAACAGCAUACCAAGGAAACUACUCCGCUGUCGACCGAAGGCUUGAGAACACACUCUUUCCUACGCUUAAAAAGCUGGGAAUCUCCUUCUACGCAUACUCUCCAAUGGCUGGGGGGUUUCUGUCGAAGACAAAGGAAGACAUCGAGAAAGGUGCCGGGAGGUUCAAUGAGUCGUCUCCGGGAGACAGCAUGUACACCAAAAUGUACAAGAAGCCGGCGUACUUGGAAGCGCUUGCAGUCUGGGACAGCAUCGCAAACGCUACCGGCUGCAGCAAAGCCGAGCUUGCAUACCGCUGGGUUGCCUUCAACUCUCAGCUGAACGCCGAAUAUGGUGACGGGAUCUUGCUCGGGGCCCACAACAUCGAGCAGCUCCAGAGCACCUUGAACAAUCUGAAGAAAGGACCACUAGCGCCUGAAAUUGCGGACAAGAUCAACCAGAUGUGGACCAAGCUUCGGGAUGAGGCUCCGACAGAUAAAUUUCCACCUCUAACCAAGCCGCGCUGGGUGAGCGCACGUACGUAG